AUGGUAGCAGGACCUCUAGCGUCCCCAGCUCUGUCGUCUCGAUCCAGUGCUGCGUGUUCACCUUCGAGAUUCUUCAAAUCGCCUCUCGUGACGAGAACCAGGUCCACAGGAAAGGAGAAGCGAGCUGCCAAGACGCCGCAACGACGCUCUAUUGUGCCUAUCAGAGUCGCGACUCCUAAGAGAUUGCUAGAGACUAUUGAUUCACUCAGUGAACAGGAAAACAAAGCGCCUACAACAGAUAAAGUGGGACUAAAAGCGCCCGUGAGGAAGACUUCGACUUCAGCGACGCCUCCACGGACUCCAUCGCCGUCAUCCAGACAGAUGCUGCUAUCUCGACGACUAAAAUAUGUGUUUGACCGCACCGACGAUGACGAGGAGCGUGGAACUGUUCGAGGAGCAAUGAAAUCUCCAGCUACCGGCAGACAAGUGGACACUUCAGCCUCGCUUCUAGACGCUGACGAUAUCCAGUGCGCACCCAGUGGUCUAUCGACGAGUCCAAGCGAGCACGACUCCUUCUUCUCCUUCGCCAACUCCCUGUCCCCACUCAUGCCAGCAGAGGAGUUCGAGAACAGUUUCAUGUCCGUGAGACUGUCGCCACUUGUGUCGCUCUCGUCCUACGAACUGCCGAAAUUACUCCCACCAUUUCCAGAAGAUGAACAUGGCAACAAAGAGACAAGCCCGUCCACAGACGCUCAUAGUGGCAUCCCGUUGAUCCUCAAGACACCGAAGAACCGAUGGAAGAAUCCUCGAGGCCUCUCGUCAGCCGGAUCAUUAGCUGGCGGUGGUAUUUCGGCUCCUGGUUCUGCCAAUGGAUUAGUCUCUCCCAACCUCUUUAGAGAGUCUUUUCCAAACAUCCAGGCGUCGACAAGCGCAACGCCAGGCAGAGACGAACGGUCAAAGCUUGGAGGUCACAGCGUAAUGAAGAUGAAGCUCCACACGUCGUUCGGAGACUCUCCGUCACCACCGGACUCGCACCACACUCGCGAGAUCCAGGCCAUCAAUAAGAGCUUGAAGCGAAAGAAGUACAUUCGUCGUCGCAAAGUAGAAGAGAAGCGUCAGCAGCCUUCGUCUUCCAGUAAUGUCCAACGCAAAUUGCUGCAAACCCCGGUCAAGAUAGCUGCAUCACCGCGUCCUGCGCGGUCGCCGUUGCAUCCUUGGAACGGCCAAACACCGGAUGCUCAUCAGUUCAAGACUCCAACACCUCGAAAGCUCGCUCCAAGUCGUUUAAACAGAGCUGGCACUUUGAUGGAAACGCCCCAAUCUCCACCACUAGCGCGCAGAUUGAUCCCAGCGUCAGAGCCAACGCCAGCAGCAUCCACCACACCUGUGAACAAGAAGAAGAAGCGAAAAGCGUCUCACUGCGUCUCGAUGUCGUCGUCGAUCGCCAACCUGUCAGGACUGAAGAUGCGGAAGUCUCCACUGGGAGUUCGACAGGCUGUUGCUCUAGCGAUCACACCAGCCAAGCAAAUCAAGCGAGAAGCAGAAGCAGCAGCAGCAGCUCUGGGCCCGUUCACUAUGCUGACACCGCAGCUAGACCCCGGGAGCGUCCUGACUUCGCUCGACAGCAGUAUACUGAAGACGCCAACGCUUAUAGGACCUUCAACUUCACUGACGAUGUCGUUGCAGUCAGCGUCCAAAGCUCCUCUCGGUCCUGCAGUCGUGAUGAUCCCAGCUCCCAAGAAAGCCCCGUGCAACUGCAAGAAGUCCAAGUGUCUUAAACUCUACUGCGAAUGCUUCGCUAGCGGUGGAUACUGUGACGAAAGCUGCAACUGUCUCGACUGCACCAACACAACGGCGGCAGAGGACGUUCGACAGCAAGCCAUCGCGUCGCGACUGGAGAAGAACCCGAACGCCUUCAAGCCCAAGAUCGGAGCCACUUCUACAAUGGUUACUGUGACUUCAGGAGGAGCUCGGAGGUUAUCAGCAGACAGGCGAGCUUCAACAGGGACCUUUCUGUCACCUCCAGGUCAGCUGAGUCUUCAGCAACGGCAGCUCUUAAGUGCUGGAAUGGCGAACACGAAGAUGCACAAGCACGGGUGCCAUUGCAAGAAGUCAGCGUGUCAGAAGAAAUACUGCGAGUGCUUUCAAGCGGGCGUGCCUUGCGGAGAGAAUUGCCGCUGUAUUGACUGCAAGAACCAGACACCGUGUGUGGCUCACGCCAAUGGUGGGGUAACGACGGGCUCAGGUGUGAUCGGUACGCCAUCUAGCGAGAUCGACGAGACGUUUGUAUCGCCUGUACUUCAGGGUGUCCACAGGCGAAUGCGCAUUGAUCGUGAGACUUGGAAGAAGGACUUUUCUUCACCGUUUGAGGCUUCUCCAGGACGCGAGCGGGAGCGCACAGAGCUACUACAGUUGAGGCUUUUGGCAUCACGAGGUGGUAAUGGAACUCCACCGAGUGUCCGCGUGAGGGCGAUGCCAUUCACUUCACCACCAACGCCUCAACUAACCUAUCGAACUAUAGUCAAGCGCUCGCGUAAGAUGUCACCAAUCAGAGGAGACGGCGAACAACAGCGAUCUGGCAGCGCAGGAGCUGCGCACAGUUUACUGUUGUUGAAGAAGCGAGAGUUGCAGCAGUACGCUUUUGACAAGAGUAGCAGCAGCUUUGGGAAGGCUGCGUUGUCAGCUGGGGUUCGAUGCACGAGUGGAGCCGAACGAGUCUUCGUGUUGCCGCUGUUUGGAGCAGCUCUUCCUCCGCUAGAGAGCGGCGUCAGUGCCAAGAUCUUCCACUUUCUCACGAACGCCGACCUGCACAACUCGAGUUUGGUGAGUCACCUCUGGAACCAGGUUGCUCUGGGCGAGACCGUCUGGGACCACGCCAACUUCAUCCCGACAGCUGAUAGUGCACCGCUGUCACGACAGAAGGAAACACUUGAGACGCCACAUGAGCCAAACCUUGCCGUGCUGUCGACUCUGAGGUAA